AUGCUUGGCACGAAUCUAUACCACUUUUGUCCUUUUCUUUUUCUUUCUUUUCUUAUUUUUAUUUAUUGUCUUUUUUCCUUUCUUUUUCUUUUCUUCUUAACUUUCCCUUCUGUUUUUGUUCUUUUUCUCUCUUGUUUAUGCUUUUAUGUCUUCUUGUCCUUUUUUCUUUCCUUCUUAUUUUCCCUUAUUUCUACUUUUGGUCUUUUUCUUUUUCUUUUAUUUGCCUUCUUUUCUUCUUCCUUCUUUUUCUUUCCCACUUAUUUCCUUUCUUUGUUGUUUUUUUUUUUAUUUAUCUUCUUUCAUUUUUCCUUUCUUUUUUUCUUCUUUUGGUCUAUUUCCAAUUUAUUUUUUGUAUUCUUUCUCUUUCUUUCUUCCCACUUAUUUAAUUUCUUUCUGCUUUUGUUCAUUUUCUUUCUUGUUUUUUGUUGUCUUCUUUUCUUGUCGCCUUUUCCUUUCUUUUACUUUUUUGUUUAUUGCUAUUUUAUUUUGUUUUCUUCUUUCCUUUCCUUUCUUUCUGCUUCGUUCCUCCUUAAUUUUGUUCGUUGUAUUCAUUUUGUAUCUUUUCCUGCUUUUAGCCUAUGUCAACAUUUGUACCGUCUUUUCCACUUCGCGCCUCUCUCUUUUUCUUUUCUCUCUUUUACCCUUAAAUAUCUAAAUUCUUUUUUCAUUUUCAACUUCUUUCCUUUUUCUAUUCAACUCUUUUUUCUUUCUUUUUAUUUUUUCUCUGAUAUUCUCUGCUUUUCCAGUUUUCAUUUUUCCUUUCUCUUCAUCCAUUCUAUUUUUAUUUUUCUUUCCUUUCUCGUUUGUUUUUCUCCUUUCUUUCAUUGGAUUAUAGUUUCUUUCUCCUCUCCCUCACUCUCUCUCUCUCUCUCUCUCUCUCUCUCUCUAUCUGUCUCCUUUUGCCUUUCUUUCUCAUUUUUUGCCUCUCUCUCUCCCUCUCUGUACCUAUCGACCACUCUUCUAGCUUUCUCUCUCCUUUUGUGUGUUGUCUCUCUCUAUCAACAUAUCUCACACUCUACUAGCUUUCUUUCGCUAUCACUUCUUUCUUUCUAUCAAACCACUCUAACUUCCUCUCCCUUUACUUUGUGUCUCUGUCUCUAUCAAUCUAUCUGCCUCUCUACUAGCUUUCUCUCUCUCUUUCAUUCUAUCUAUCUAUCUAUCUAUCUAUCUAUCUAUCUAUCUAUCUAUCUAUCUAUCUAUCGACAACCCUUCUAA